GUGCAAACCCCCCAAACCCCCCACAAGUGCGAGGAGAAAGCACGGAGCAAGGGCAAAUGGUGCGGUGGUGGCGCGGCGUCGGCGGGGCUCUCCGAACGGCUGCGGCGGCGCCGCCGUGGCGGCGCGCGUCCUCGGCCGAGUACCACCGCACGAUCCAGGCGGUGCCGAGGGAGCGCACGGGGGGCCGCGCGGCGGCGAAGGAGCGGGCGGACGGGCGGAUCCCCGCCGUCGUUCUCGGCGUCUCCGGCGACGGUGGCGGCGCCGCCUCCGCCGCGGCGGCGGCGGCGGUGAUGAACGUGACGACGGAGGCGAAGCAGAUCCGGGAGCUCCUGAAGGAGAACUCGGCCUUCUUCUGCUCCACCCCCAUUCGCCUCCAGGUCCGCGCCGGCGCCCGAUCCGCCGUAGUUCUCCAAUCCGGAACCGUGCUCCCCAUGAAGGUGCGUAGGGAUAGGGAGAGUGGGAAAAUAAUGAACUUGGUAAUGGCAUGGGCUGAGAAGGGGAUGAAUCUGAAGGUGAAUGUGCCGGUGGUCUUCAAAGGGGAGGAUGUCUGUCCGGGGCUAAAGAAAGGGGGAUAUCUGCACAAGCUAAGAACCAGAGUAAAGUACCUGUGCCCCGCAGAAAACAUUCCACAGAAGUUUGAGGUGGAUCUGACAAAUCGUGACAUCGGGGAUAAAAUUUAUAUGCAUGAGAUCAACGUUGAUCCAUCGCUUAAGUUAUUGAGUAAAGAUGAGACCACACCAAUCUGCGAGAUCUUAGCAACGAAGCCCGUUGAAGCACAGCCUGAGCAAAUAAAGGAAGCCGCAGAAGCAGUAGGCGUUACAGAAGCCUAGUUUUGUUUGUUGGCCUAAUGUUUUGUUCUCUACUCCAAAAAGUGCUUCUCAAGCUGGAGAAAUCUUCAAUAUGUACUCGUGUAUGUGUGAUUUGCCGAUUAGAGGCUCCUUGUCGGUGUUUAACUGUUGUUAUCAGACUUGGUCGUUCACUUAGCAAGGAAACCUUGUUUACAUUUGAUACGCAACUCUUGUAGCUUGAAGCUCUCAGAAAGCUUAUACCAUUAUGCUAUCGUUUUAAAA